AUGGAUGAAUAUAAUAGAAUUACUAGUGUAUUUUGGGCAGAUCCUCAUAGCCGAGCUGCAUGUGAGGAAUUUGGUGAUGUCGUCUCUUUUGACACCACCUACUUGACAAACAAGUACGACAUGUCAUUUGCUCCAUUUGUAGGAGUUAACCAUCAUGGACAAUCCAUUCUACUUGGUUGUGGAUUGCUCUCAUCUGAGGACACUUUGUCAUUUGUAUGGUUAUUCAAAUGUUGGCUAAGAUGCAUGGGAAACAAGGCGCCUUAUAGUAUUGUAACCGAUCAAUGUAAGGCGAUGGCAAAUGCAAUUGAAGAUGUCUUCUCUAAAACAAAACAUAGGUGGUGUUUGUGGCACAUCAUGAAAAAGAUACCUGAAAAAUUUCAAGGGUAUAACAAUUAUGUUGGGAUCAAGUGUGAUAUAAAAUCGCUUGUCUGUGACUCUGGUAAUGCAACAGACUUUCACAUUGGCUGGAAACGACUACUUACCACACAUGGGUUAGAAAAUAAUGAAUGGCUAUGUAAUUUGUAUGAAGAGAGACAAAAAUGGGUCCCUUGUUACUUGAAGAAUCAUUUUUGGGCUAGUAUGUACACAACUCAAAGAAGUGAGGGAAUGAAUGCUUUCUUUGAUGGAUUUAUCAAUUCCAGUACCACACUUCAACAGUUUGUGGUUCAGUAUGAUAAUGCUCUUAAAUUCAAGGCCCAAAAAGAAAUUGAAGCUGACUUCUCCUCUUUUAAUACCAAUGUUGCAUGUGGGUCUCAAUCACUAAUUAAGAGACAAUUUCAAGUUGAGUACACACAUGCAAAAUUUGAGGAAGUACAAAUUGAGUUUCGGUCCAGGAUGAAUUGUUUCAUCAAGAACACGGUCAAGGACUGUAUUUUGAACAACUACACAAUAAAAGAAGAGUACAUGUGGGAUGAGAAAUGUGAGGCAAAAUAUUACCAUGUUGAAUUUGAUCCUCUUACAAACGAUACAAGGUGCUCUUGCCUAUUGUUUGAGUUUAGAGGCAUCAUAUGUCGCCAUUCCUUAUUGGUUCUCGGACAGGAAGAUGUACAUAAUGUCCCCUCCAAAUAUGUUCUUCGUCGUUGGAGCAAAAAUGUUCGAAGAAAGCACACACUUAUUAGAGCAUCUUAUAGUCAUUUGCAGCAGGAACCCAAGAUGCAAAGAUACCAAUCGUUGUGUAAGUGGUUCUAUGACAUAGCUGAGGCUGCAUGUGAAUCUGAAUGUGCUUCUAAUGAGUUGGAAAAAGAAUUGGAAUGUGUAGGUAAAAAAUUCGGUUUAACUUCAUCACUGAAAAAUAACAUCAUAAGUGAGGGAGGACAACUAAGGUAUCAGAAUCCUGUGACCGAUACUCCAUCGUACAAUACAUGUGGAAGCAGUGAUGUACUUGUUUGCAGUCUAGUCGCGGUUAAGCGAAAAGGCAGACCGAGAACUAGCAGAUUGAAGUCAGCCGUUGAAACUAUAACUAAAAAUGGAAAUCGACUCCAAGGAAAAAUUCCUCAACAACAACUGUUCAACCAGCGGAAACCACAAGAACUACUGUUGCACAACUGCAAGAGCGCGUGGAAUAUUCAACCCAAACCCAUGAAAGCACAAUGCGCUGACAGUUACUGCUGUCACCUGACUGUUACUGCUGUCACCUGA